AUGGCAGCACUCCCCGGACCAGUCGCAGUACCAGCUGUUGCAGUACCUUUCCCCCCGGCACCAGUUCCGGUGCGGCAACCUCUUCCUCCGAAUCCCUAUAUCGAGGCCAUCCAGCCAGCGUGCCACAGCGCGUAUGAUCAAUGUCUUCAAGCCGAGCAGGCAGCAGGCGGCGACUCGCAGUUUCUGAUGCACGCCCGUUGCUUGGGCUACUUGAUCCGUGAGGCCCCCGAUGAUGAAGCACGGUGCCACGUUUCGGAGGAAAUCCUGUUGUGCAACGGAAAUCCGAAGUCACUGAACUUACUGGCUAAAUUCUAUAUUGAACAUUUAUUUCGGCUUUUCCGGCAGAAUAAAGGGCGCACACCCGGAGCAUCCCAUCAUCCCAGCCGCCCUUCCUUCGAAGAGGAGAGGUUUUUCUUUUCGUCUACGGUUGACUCGGCUCCUAAAGAUCACACUGCAGCUAAGAAGGCGGCCCUGCGACGCGACAAUUAUCGCUGUAUGGUUUCCGGUGACGCCGAUUUGAAUAGUCUCACAAAUAUGACGGAUGACGAAAGAGCCGCGCUCAACUUCACUGGCGUUUUUGAAUCCUCGGAGACCAACUUUUGCCACAUCUUCCCUCCUUCAACCAACUGGGAUCUCAAGCCAGAGGACAUCGGUCAUCCUAAAACCCAUUAUUCGGGAAAUGUGUGGGGCAUUGUCAACUGCUUCGGCGGCAUCAAUGUCCUCGACGAGCUGACUGGUGACAUGGCUCAUAGGCUGUCCAAUGGGCUGACCAUGAGCGUGGCACUGCAUGGAUAUUUUGAUAGACUGGCCUUAUGGUUUGAAGAGGUUCCGAACAAUCCUCACACCUAUCGCGUCCGAACCCUUUUGCCAAACCUCCGAGGUCUUUCGCAGCUUGGUCCACAUCCUGUCGUCACGUUUACCACAACAACCAACUUGGAACUCCCCGACCCCAAGUACCUCAGGCUCCAUGCGGCUGUCUGUCGAGUAGCCCAUAUGUCUAGUGCUGCUAAAUACUUGGACUUAUAUGACCGCGAGCUUGAAGAGAGGAAGGCCUUGGCACGCGAUGGCUCUUCGGCAGAGUUGCUAUCUACUCAGCUUCGUAGAGCACUCCUUACACGAGUAGGAGCUUGA